AUGCCAAACCUCAUAUACCUGCCCAACGAGCUUUUGCUGUGGAUUGUGUCGCGUUUGCACGGCAGUGCAUUAUUUGCCCUCGCAAAAUCAUGCAAAAGCCUUCAUUUUAGACUGCAACCCAGCAUCUGGAAAUACAACAUCAAAUUUCAGAACAGCAAUCUGUUGCACCUGGCCGUCAAAUAUGACAACGUUGGUCUUGCGGAGGUUUUGCUCCAGCACAAUGCCAACAUCAAUGCAUUUUACCGAGGCAAAACUCCUUUAAUGAGGGCGCUAAAAUACUCUUCCGCUGCUGUGCGUGAACUCUUGCUCAAUUGUCGAGACCUAGACAUCAAGAUCCAAAAUCAAGCGCGCGACAGCGCUCUAUCCUAUGCCAUCCACUAUGGGAAUUUCUCCACCGUCAAGAGCAUCCUAGAACAACCCAACGUCAGAGUGGACGUCAAGCAUAAACACGGCCGAACGGCGCUCCAUCUAGCAGUCUUCGCAGGCAGAAUAGGGUUCGUGCAUCUGCUUCUUUCUAGUGGCAGCGAUCCUGAUCUACAGGAUGAUUCAGGCCACUCGCCAUGGGACUGGGCACGUCGCUUCAACAGGCCCAUGAUGGAAAUGAUUUUUUCAAACGAUCCGAAGUCCGAGGUAUUUCUUGGUACUCAAUCAUCACAGGAUGCUGAGCUACCUCUUCACCAAGCAGUAUCCUAUGGGUCGGUAGAUGCUGUCAAACGGCUCCUCGGACAAAAGGGUCUGAAUGUGGACAUCCAGAACCGGAAAGGCUACACGCCGCUCCAUCUCGCCAUUCAAAGCAAACGCCUGGAAAUGAUCAAUUUGCUCCUAAGUCACCCCCGUGUCAACGUGAACUGCACAGACAAAGAUGGAAAUACGCCACUUUGGAUGUCUACUUACUCGUCAUGCGACGAGAUAACCGAAAGGCUGUUGGCCGAGAAAGACAUUAACGUUAAUUUUGUUGGAGGCCAUGGGAGAUUCGAGCCGCCGUCCACAUCUCUACACCACGCCGCGACCAGACUGGAUACCGUGAUCCUACGACGGCUCCUCGAAGUGCCAGGGAUUGAUCCGAAUCUCUGCGUUGCAGGCCACUCUCCAAUUUCCGUUGCCGCAUAUCACGGACGCAUGAACACGGUUGCUUGUCUGUUGAGUAUGGAUGGUGUGGAGAUCAAUGGAAGGGAUUUAGUAGAUCCGCCCAUUUGUCGAGCGGUUGCACAUGGCCAUCUCGAUGUGGUAAGACUUUUAGUGCAACAAGGCGCACGUCUGCACAUCAAUGAGAGCACGAUCGCGACCCACGACACUGCUCUCUGCAUUGCUGCCCGUGGCGGUGACUUGGAGAUGGUCCAGGCACUACUACGCCAUGAUCGAAUUGACGUCAACCUCAGAAAUCGAUGGUUUGAGGAUCCAUUGAUGUUGGCGGUCAAGGGUGGACAUUUCUCGAUUGUUGAUGCACUUGUGGUCAAUCCCAGACUGAAAUACUUCAGUUUGAAGAGAUCUCUAGAUCUAGCAAGAGACGGUUGCACCCAGAGGGCCGUUCGAAGCAGAAUGGAAGAAGACAACACUCAAACAUUGUUGAAGCGGUCUCCGAGGAGAAGGUUUGGUGGUCUGUAA